ACAUGCGCAGUAAAGUUAGGUGACAGAAACAGAGACUGUCGGCUGUUUUUGUUUGUGUGGUCGACACGGAGGCGUCCAUUUUCCGUUAGAACCGGAUCUUUUACUAGGACCGACCGACAGACAGCUGGUAUGGGUGCCGGCUCGAGCACCGAGGCCGAGAGGGAGCCGCUCCUCGUCCCGCCUCACGCGGAGCCCAGCAGCCCGCCAGUAAACAGCAGGGUGUACGGGAGAAGAUGGCUGGUUCUGACCCUGUUCUCCCUGCUGGGACUCAUGCAGGGGAUGGUGUGGAACUUCUGGGGCCCCAUCCAGAACUCGGCCGUCCACGCAUUCGGCUUCACCAAGUCGGACAUCGCGGUUCUGGUGCUGUGGGGCCCGGUGGGCUUCGUGCCGUGGCUGCUGUUCAUGUGGUUAAUGGAUAAGAAAGGUUUGCGGGCGUCCCUCCUCCUCUCGGCGCUCUUCAUGCUGCUCGGAGCGGCUCUGAGGAGCAUCCCACUGACAGAACAGCCUCUCAGACGAUGGUUGAUACACGGAGGUCAGUUUCUCAACGGUUUGGCCGGCCCGACCAUCAUGAGCGCCGGCCCCUUCCUCUCCACCACAUGGUUCGCCCCCGACCAGAGAGCCACCGCUACAGCCGUGGCGUCGCUCUUCUCCUACCUGGGGGGCGCUGCUUCAUUUGUAAUUGGACCUCUGGUAGUGCCGGCGCCCAACAACACCCUGGCAGCCACCACGACGGCGGCAGCAGUUUCUGACACCUUUAUCCGAGACAGGAUCCAGCUGGUUUUGUAUGCAGAGUUGGCUGCCAUCGCUGUGCUUUUUGCAGCAGUCCUGCUCUAUUUCCCGUCUCGCCCACCGAUGCCUCCCAGUGUGGCUGCUGCAAGCCAGAGGCUCAGUUACAGGAGCAGCAUCUGCAGACUUCUCAGUAACCUGCGGUUCUUGAUGAUUGCGCUGGCCUACGCCGUCCCCACAGGAGUGAUCGCUGGCUGGUUUGGAGUCCUUGACAUGGUCCUCACACCAGCCAAAGUCAGCCAGGUGGACGCGGGUUGGAUCGGCUUCUGGUCGACUGUUGGUGGAUGUGUGUUUGGAGUGGCGAUGGCCAGGUUUGCAGACUCCAUUCGAGGGAUGCUGAAGCUGAUCCUGGUGCUGAUGCUGGCCGGAGCCUCGCUGUCCUCCACCUGGUUCACACUAACCUGCCUGAGCAGAGUCACUCACCUUCCCUCCACUGCAGCCAUCCUGUACACUUCCUGCAUCCUGGUGGGCAUCUUCAUCAACAGCAGCGUGCCAAUAUUCUUCGAACUCUUCAUCGAGACCGUGUACCCGGUCCCUGAAGGCAUCACGUGUGGAGUGGUCACUUUCCUGGGGAACCUGUUCACCGGUCUGCUCCUCUUCUUCCUCACCUUUUACUGUAAAGAGCUGUCGUGGAUGAACUGGUGUCUCACCGGCUCCUGCCUCUUCAGCCUCGUCCUCAUCCUCUUCUUCAGGGAGUCUUACGACCGCCUCUACCUGGACGUGUUUGUGUCUGUGUGACACUGCUGAGGGAGAAAAACAUCUAAACAAAAAGGACUGAAUAAUUUUACUUGCACAUAAAAGAGGGGAAAAAGGAGACGAAGGGAAAGAGGAACUCAGAUGUGUAUAUAUCAGUAACCGUGGUGAUGGGAGCUGUCAUAUGGCUGCAGACGAGGACCAAGGAGUGAUUCUACACCCACAUUUACUCUUUACACGUGAUCGACUCGACGCCAUACGACUGUUGACACAUCGUCACCUGUUUUUAUAUGUGUGUUUAUUUGUUUGUAUGUAAACAAACGUUUGUGAACGGCUGAAUUUUUGGUGACCAGGCGCGGCAUGACGGACUGUUAGUACUUGUUGUUUACAGAUAAUGUUUAAAGUUCUCAGUGUCGCCCCCGUUUGGCCACUCAGCUCAAAGGUUCUGACUUGCUGAGAGGCAGGUACUCACAUCAUGCUUCAUCGUCUCUCCAGAUGAAUAUAUGCAAAAAUUGUCUACCAAAUUGUCGACUGGACGCCGGCCGGAGACGUGAGCUGGAGAAAGCUCGUCGUCAUGAGAGAAGCUUAGACUGUGAAACCUUCACAUUUCAGAGUUCAGCCUGUUUAUGAUUAAUCGUGUCAAUUUAUGGGAGAUUUGCUUUUAAUAUAACUGAAUAAUGUUUUUUACAGAUUUUUAAAGUUAGUUUUCGUCAGUAGUCUGCCAGUAUUUAUUGGAAAUGUCUCAACACUAACACAGCCAACGCCCCGUUUCACUGAAACAGGAUGUUUGGUGACGAGCCGCAGCUGAGGCGCGCUGAGGGAGAUUAUUUUACUACACAGACACGAGGAUUACGUUAGAGUUGCCAAGCAGUUCCUCCAAAGCACCAGCAGGUGUCUCUGUGCCAACGGAGGGUCUGCUGACACACACACAAAAAACUGAAGGGAAAAACAAAGGAAGCUCUUUUUUAUUUCUUAUUUUGGAUUCCUUGACUGAUAAAACUGGAGCCGCUCCCGAUCUGGAGGGACACAACCUCAAAGAAACACAUCAAGGAGAAAAGAAAAAUAUCUGUCGCUUACAAAGUUUUUCUGCAACUUGUCGAUGACUCUUCUUUGUGUCUUUGUCUCGCAGCAGCUAUAAGAAGUGUUUUAAUGUCUUCUCUUCUGGGGUUCGGCGAGGCUCUGUAAUGUGUUUCCUGGUGCUUGUUAUUUUUAUUUUUUACUCUCCUUGUACAGAAAAGGUUGUCUCUUACCUACUGACGUGUUGCCUUAAUUGCCCAGUGCUGUGUGUUCAGCCUCCCUCUCCUCCACACUGUGACUGUUUUAUCUGUACAUACUGUUAAAGGUCACGUCCUUCUGUCCUGCAGCACACUCUCUGUGGUUUCCCGGGCUUCGGGUUAUAAAUGUCCUCGUUCUGUGGAAAGGAAAAAUGUGACUGUUGAAUAUUUCCAGCACCUUAUUGAAAUAAACAUUUUAAGAUGAA